GGUCAAAGUGUCUCCCUUACCAUGUAUAUCACUACCACGCGGAAGCACGUAAUAAAUCAGCGCAUCUCAAAGCUAAUAUCGGGGGGGUUUGGAUCAAAUUUUAUCAGCGUUCGAUAACGACACCGGCGGGGACACGCAAACAAUUAGGAAAUAAUUUGGCAAGUCAGGUCGGGUUCACACGGUCGGAAUAGUUUAGUCUGGAAGCAAGUGCGUCGCAGACCAGGUCGUUUGGAGCCAUGGCCGGGUGCAGGACGUGGUGCGAGAUGAGUCAGAAGAACAAGAUGCAGACCAACACGCUGCUGGGAGAUAUCAUGACACUCCUGCUGGGUGGAACCUUCGUCGGAUCGAGCAUCUUCAACAUCCACCUGUGCAACCAGACGUGGACGCUGAACUACUCCAGCUCGAUGGUGUUGACCGUGAUCUGCUUGUUUCACGUGGCUGCCGUGCUGGGGUCGUUCUUGGGGGUCAUCCUGGUGGAACGCAUCGAGAAGCUGAUACUUUCGCGAAUCUACCUAUUCCUGAUGGGCGUCGCCAGCAUCCUGAAGGUGAUCGUGCCGACCAGCAUGUAUGGGAUCAUGUUUUCGCGGAUCAUCGCUGGGUUUGCGUACGGGUUAGCCUACCUCGUGGUGCUCAUUCACGGCGGAGAAGUGGUCGUCAAAGAGCUGCGCGGCACGACGAUUGCGUUCGUCAACUACGUCGUAUUCUUGGGAAUCCUGGUGCACGCGGCCGUCAGUCCGGUCGCCAUAUCGGACUACACCGGGGAGCCAAGCCGAAUACUCGGCAUCGCCGGAAUCAUGUUCUCGCUGAUGGCGGCCCUGAUUGGGCAGUUUAUGAGUUACGAGUCGCCGGUGUUUUUGAUCAGGAAGGGUCGUGACGCGGAAGCAGUGCGAUCGCUGAUCAAGCUGCGACUGAAGUCGUCGGAGACGAUGACGGUCCAGCAGGAGUACAUCGACCUGCGGAGGAUGGUCGAGGAAGAUGAGGUGAGCUCGUGGUCGAUCUUCAGUGAUGGUAAUUGGAGACCACUGGUGUUGAUCAGUUUGGGGAAGAUCGCUGCUGUACUGUCGUUUAACGCCGCGGUCAAUCAGGUUCGGAUGGUUGUGGUUGACGAGUUGCUUGGGCUGGAUACGUUCAGCGUUUCCGGAGUCGUGAUCAUCUCCAUAAGGGUAGUGCUCGGAGUUGCGUUUCUGUUCACCAUUGAUCGCUGCGGUCGGAAACCUACCCAAACCUUGUCCGCUUUCUUCAGUGGCUUCAUGUUGACCACCAUGGGCGGUAUCUACAUGCAGCUGAGCUGUGUCAGCAUCCCCGUAGCUUCCGGGGUCUUCCUGGUAUACGAGCUGGUAGCAUCAACCGGUGUCCACCUAGUUCCGGACGUUCAUCUCUCGGAAGCCUUCUCAACCAAGAAGAAAGCCCUUUCGAUAGCUGUUAUCCAGUUGGCUGAACACGCAGCGCACAUCGCCAUCGUGUCCGUGACCUUCACGUGGAACUUUGCCAACCCCGACAUCUACGGCGCAAUUCUGCUUUUUUGCGGGAUUCCCCUGAUGGUGAUCGCUAUUCUACUGCAUGUAUUCCUUCCAGAAACCGCAAAACUAACUCUGAGAAAGUCUCGAGCCGCAUUUGCUCGCGUUGACGCCCUUUAUGGCACCAAUAAAGAACUGUACAACUGAC